CAGGUGCCAGGGGAGGAAGAGGUCAUGGCGGGGCACAUCCCUCCAUGUGUGUUUUAUGCGUGGCACCCCCUUGAUGGCAACUGCAGUAGAAGACUCCCCAGGUCUGGAGAGGAGGUGAUGAAGGCGUCAGAUGGCAGUCUCCUGGGCGACCCAGGGCGCACACCGCUGAGCAAGAAGGAGGGCGUCAAGUGGCAGCGGCCGAGGCUCACCCGCCAGGCCCUGAUGCGGUGCUGCCUGGUCAAGUGGAUCCUGUCCAGUGCAGCCCCGCAGGGCUCAGACAGCAGCGACAGUGAGCUGGAGCUGUCCGCAGUGCGCCACCAGCCGGAGAGGCUGGACCAGCUGCAGGCACAGACCAAGUUCACCAAGAAGGAGCUGCAGUCCCUCUACAGGGGCUUCAAGAACGAGUGCCCCACGGGCCUGGUGGAUGAAGAUACGUUCAAACUCAUUUACUCACAGUUCUUUCCUCAGGGAGAUGCCACCACCUACGCGCACUUCCUCUUCAAUGCCUUCGAUGCAGAUGGGAACGGGGCCAUCCACUUUGAGGACUUUGUGGUCGGCCUCUCCAUCCUCCUGCGAGGAACAGUCCACGAGAAACUCAAGUGGGCCUUUAACCUCUACGACAUUAACAAGGAUGGUUACAUCACCAAAGAGGAGAUGCUGGCCAUCAUAAAGUCCAUCUAUGACAUGAUGGGCCGCCACACCUACCCCAUCCUGCGGGAGGACGCGCCCCUGGAGCACGUGGAGAGGUUCUUUCGGAAAAUGGACCGGAAUCAGGAUGGGGUGGUGACCAUCGAUGAGUUCCUGGAGACCUGUCAGAAGGACAAGGACAUCAUGAGCUCCAUGCAGCUGUUCGAGAACGUCAUCUAGGGCACGUGUGGUUGGGGAGGGCAGGGGGGGGGUCCCUGAGUGGCUGUUGCCACCUCUGCCCCAUAGAAACCUCAAUCCUGCCAGGAGCUGCCUCCAUGAGAAACUUUUUUCUAAUAUAUUUGCAAAAAGUGAAUAGUUUGCUCCAGACACACACACACACACACACACACACACACACACUCUCUCUCUCUCUCUCUCUCUCUCUCCUCUCUCUCAAACACCCUUCCUCUGGGCUGGCAGGUUGGGGGACAGAGGUGAGGGAGGGGCUGGGUCCAGGUGGUGAGAGCCACACACCCCAGCCAGCCCCCUUCCAGGCCAGUGGGUGAGGCCGCCUCUGGGCGGGCAGCUGAAACGGCGGUGUCUUCAGGCCGCUGGCCUCUGAGUGUUGCCUCCCUACAAAGGAGGUUCCAGUCUCCAAAGCAAAGGCCCCUCCCAUCUACAAGCCUUCUUUCCCACCACAUUGGGCUGUUUCUGGGCUGCUCCGGCCUUCCUGUCCCCCCCCAGCCACUCCCUGCGCACUGACUGCAGUUCCAGAAUGGCCCUCACCUCAGGACCCCAGAAGGGCAGCUGGGGGUCGGGGGAGUUCAGCCCAGGAAAGACGUGGUGAUUAGACAAGCCCGCUGCUUCCUGGAAGCACUGCCCUGGGUCCCAGGACGCCUGCCAGUCCACUGAGCUGGUGAGCCCCGCUGCUGAGGGGCCAGUGGGCUCCCGUCUCCUCCAUCCCCAGAAGGGGGCCCUUCAGGCAGGGGACUGGGUUUCUUGGUGGACAACCUGAGGGGAACUCUCUGCCAACUUCACUGGGACUGGAGGAGCCUUCCCUUGCUAGGGCUGGCUCGGGGUGCAGCGGGUAGGGCGGCCCACACCCCCUUAAGCAUCCACACCUUCCUAGGUCCUGAAAAGAGGUCACACAGCUCAGGGCCCACAGCCAGGGAGCGUGGGGGGCGGAGCAGGCCUGGGAAGGGGCUUCUGCCUCCCUCUUUGCUGUGGGCCCAUCUCCCUCUGCCCAGCAGCUUGGAUGAGCACCACUCUUCCCGGUUAGGGUCUGGAAGCCGUGUGGCCACCCCUCCACGCAGGCUCACCCCAACCCCAUACAAAAAGCACAAGGGCCCCACCAGCUCAGGCUGCAGCCCCCGGGGGAUGCCUAGGACACUCUGCUUCUCAAGGCAAGGCCCUUCUGGCGGGCUGAGGCCUGGGUCCUACCAACCCCCAUCUGGUGGCCCUGGGGAAGAAGCAUGGGGGUCGGUUCUGUGCCUCAGAGUCGUGGGGGCUCAAAGCCCAUCCCCCCCUCAAUCCCUGGCCCAGCCCAUCUCACUAACGUUCAAAAGCACAAACCCCGGGGAUUCUGCUUGGCUGGGUUCUGCUCUGGGGAUGGAGGCUGAUGUCAGCUUAAGCCAGCGCCAACAGUGAGGGCCGAGGGGCCUGCGGCUGGAUGGCAGGUCUACAGAAACCUCCAGCAGAGAGAGAGAGGCUGUCCCGCCGCCAGGCCGCCUGAGAUGGAACCCCCAUCCCCGGCAGCACAGGCCUUUCCGAGGAACAUUCCCAAACCAUACAUUCCAUCGGCCGCCGCCCCACCUCUGCCCAGGCCUGGCCCGAGGGUUAGCAGGGCCCUCAGAGGAAGGGGGGGUGGCGGAGGCCGUGGAGAUUAGCCUGGCUCAGCCGCGGUGGGGACCUCUGGGCACCCAUACACAGGUGGGCCUGCCCCUUGGAGUUGCACUGACACCCAUCUCCAGUCUGACUGGGGGCUCCCUCUCCCCUCCUCCAGGAGGGCAUCAGCUUUCCCUGGCUCAGGGAUCUUCUCCCCUCUCCCAGCUGGUGUGGCUUUGCUUCUAAGGGGCCAAGGUCAAAGGAGAGAGGGUCACCAUCAUGGCCCUGCCCUCCUUGGCCUUGGGCCAGACUGGCUGCACGUCCAACAAGGAGGGGUCUGUCUCCCGCGCUGGGACGUGGACUGGCCGCAUGUCUGCAUGGCAGAAGUGUCUCCCUUGGGCGCGGCCUGGGAGGGUGGUUUCUAUUCUCAGUGCCCACCAAUAUUCAGUCCUGUAUAUUUUAAUAAAAUAAACUUGACAAAAGGA